UGCUCUGUAGUUGUAGUCUCGGUCAGAUUAACAAAAUAAUAAUAAAAAACAACAAUAAUAAUAAUGAACAUCUGCUACGCGAUACGAUACGCGAUACGAUUUACGAAUAUUAUAACAUGAUACGAUAAAUUGCUUAAUAGCUCAAUGCUCUUCGGACACACACCGACGACAUCUACAUAAUAUGCUAUUUACAAUAGUAAUUGUUAUUUAUAUUUUAACUCUGAAUUAAAGAAUUUCACCGUCGUCACUUUUUGCGCAGAAACUCUGACGAAAUUGAGUGAAAUUAAUACCGAAAUAAUAUGUCGAGUGACGGAACUUAGCCGAAAUCCGAAGGCCGGUUAACCACGUCUGUUCGCACGUCUUGCCGUCUUCCCGUGUGCGAAUUCGUCUGGUUAAAUCGUUGGUAAAAAUAAUUUUCAAUAGAUCAUUUGUGUCGUUUCUUUUUAUAUUUCGGUAUGAAACGUUCUAAUAUUAAGUCAUAAACGUAUGUUCGAAUGAUCUCGAGUCGUCAGUCCCAGUAUCGAUGCGUACCCAACAAUGUCCCGUCGCACCGCUGCCGACGUGUGAUCACCAUAGCGAAUAGCGAUCGACAAUUCCGUCUGUUGAAUCCUCGGUUGAAUCAUUGUGAUUAAUAUUUGAUUCGGUCGUGCAAAUAUCGCAAUUCUCGCAUGUAAUGGAUAAUCAGAAAGUAUGCAAAUUAAAGUUCAGAAAACGGAAGGCAGCUCCGAACGUAACGUUUUGCAUGAAAACUGAGAGAAAUGCGUCGAAUAAAAAAAUAUUAGAAAUUAUUCAAAAGCCAUUAUCUGAGAGAACAAUUGAUGACAAAGAAAUUCUUAAUACAUAUAAGGAUACAGUACAGAAGAUAUCUCAAAGGUUAGAUAGACAAAAGAAAUUAAAAGAGCGAUGUCAAGAGUUUGAAGAUCCAGUUGAAGUAUUAGAUCCAAAAUGUGAAGAACUUGCAAAGGCUAUUUUGUCUGCAUCAAAUUUAGUGGUCUAUACUGGUGCCGGAAUAAGCACGGCAGCUAAAAUACCUGAUUAUAGAGGCUCAAAUGGAAUAUGGACAUUAUUAGAUCAAGGAAAAGAUAUUGGAUGUCACGACUUAAGCCAAGCAGAACCCACAUUAACACACAUGGCAUUAUAUCGAUUAUACCGUGAAGGGUUACUGGGACAUGUCGUUUCUCAAAAUUGUGAUGGGUUGCAUUUAAGAAGUGGUCUACCAAGACCAGCAUUGUCAGAAGUUCAUGGUGAUAUGUUUAUAGAGGUAUGCAACAAUUGUAAGCCAAACAGACACUAUUUGCGAAUGUUUGAUGUGACAGAACAUACAGCAAGAUUUAAUCACAAAACACUAAGGUUAUGUUAUGCUUGUCAUAAACCGUUGAAAGAUACAAUUGUUCAUUUUGGAGAACGUGGUAAACUUCAAUGGCCAAUUAAUUGGUCAACGGCUUGUAAACACGCUGAGAAAACUGAUGUAAUCUUGUGUUUAGGAUCCAGCUUAAGGGUUCUGAAAAAGUAUCCAUGGCUUUGGUCAAUGGAUAGACCAGCUAAAAAGAGACCAAAGUUAUACAUUGUGAAUCUUCAAUGGACUCCGAAGGAUGACCAAGCUACACUAAAAAUAAACGGUAAAUGUGAUGAAAUUAUGAAAAAAGUAAUGUCAAUCUUAAAUUUGGAUAUUCCUAAAUAUCAACGUUGUCUAGAUCCUAUAUUUCACCAUGCCACAAUGUUAGUAGCAGCUGAAGAACAUACGACAGUACAUCCUGUUUUAGCUGUUCCGACUGAUGAUGUUCAAAAAACAGAUUCAAAUACUAUAACAAAAUGUGAAAAAAUAGAAUUAGAUAUUAGUAACGGUAAAAAUAUUACCAAAAUGUGUUCAGGAUCAAAAGACCUAAUUCAACCAGUUGAUCUCAGUUUAGUAAAAUUAGAAAAUAAUAUAUCCAUAGUUGAUCAAAGUGAAUCAAUUAAUUCUCCGUCGUGUUCAAAUAUGGAUUUUGUUCCAAGCUUAAGUAAUUUUUGGAGACCUUUUAUAGAAGGUGUUGAUCAAAAUUCAUUAGAAGGACGAAAUAUGCUUUCAUUGGUUGAACCAAUAGUACCAUAUCUAAAUCCAUUUUUUAUCAAUAAUAUGGAAACUUUAGGAUUGUCUCCAACACCCGUUGAUCAGUUUUAUAAAAACUUUGUAUAUCAAGCAUGUAUAGGAUUGGCUGCAGUUGAAAAAUUGCAAAUAGAAAAAAAGCUGACAAACAAUUUAAAAAAAAAAAAAAGAGAUGUUAGUGAAGAUAAAGAUGAUAUUAAAAAAACGGAUGUUUCAAUAAAUCGAUAUUGUACAUUUUGUCAUCCAGUUUAUGGUUCAACUAAAUGCCUGUUUUAUCAUCGAUAUGAGUCAAAGUUCAAAGAAGACGUAGCCAUUUGUCUGUGUUGUGAUGAUGAUGAUACAGAUGAAGAAGACGAAAAUGAACUAAAAACUGAAGAAAUAGUGGAUAAGAAUGAUGAAGUUAUAGAAAAGGCCAAAGUUACUGCUGGCUGGUUUGGGAAAGGUUACAAGAAAAGAAUGAAAAAAAAGAAAUAGGUAUAAUUAUUUAUUUUAAAACUAGUUUUUCUCAUUAUUUCUUUACCUUCCAGUAUUUAAAUUAAACUACAAUUGAAAUUGAAAGGUUGUGUAUUUCUAAAAAUAUCUAUAAUGGUAUUAGUACCCAACUGGUAACAAUCAUUACUUGGGCAUACCGUUACUUAUAUUAUCAUAUUUUUUAUAUUAAAAUCAUGUUUAGAAUUGGUUUAGUUUGUUAUAAUUUAAAAUUUGAAACGAUUAUUGCCUAUCCAGCAUUUUUCAUCAUAUUUUCAAUUUUUACAUUCAUCUGUUAGAUUUAUGAUUAUUUAAUAAUUCUUUCAUAUUUUACACUAUUAUUAUUGUGUUAGAGAAGUAAUUUUUCUAAUAAGAUUUAAAUGUGGUUUAUUGAAGUGCAAUAAUGAUUUGUUGUGAUUUAUUCAUUUUGAAUUUUGAUUUUUAUUUACUUUUUUUUAUUUGUGUUUUUACAAUCUUGCUAAGUAAUAAUACACGUUUUUUCGUUUCACUUACAGUUAAUAUUGUUUUGAAAAUAAUGUCCUUUUCAACCCAUAUAUUUUUAUUGAUAAUCAUUUAAAUAUUAUAUCAUCAUAGGUGUGCGCAUGGGGACAUCAGAGGCAGCAUAACAUGCGACUCUUGAAUUUUUGGGGGGUUACCACAGCCAGCCAAUAUUGAAUAAUAGGCUUCAGUAAAAUUAUAUUUCCAAAAACAAUGACCAUUUUAGGUAAAACAAUUAUAUACAUUUUUUAUUAUUUUUUUGGAGAAUGUAAACUAUAGAUGGAUAUUUUAUGGUUAUAAAAUUUACCAGUAUAGAACAAAUCAACCUGACUACUU